GCAGCUCUGAUUCCUUCAGAGAUGAGAGGCUGCAGCCAUCCUUCGAGAUGUUGGGACCGGAGACCCUGCAGGCUGGCUGGGCAUUGAUGCCCCAGAUGUGAAGGGGCAGCCAACCUGUUGGCCACGUCUGACCCUUCCUGAGCAAAUGACACCAACAUCUCUUUUGUGAGAAGAAAGAGAGGAGGGAAGAUGCUCUGUGAUGCUGCCAGUAAUGCUGACCAGUCGUGGUGCUGUCACCUCCUUGGCUGUCUUUGCAAUCUGUUCCCAACUGAGGUUUCCGUUGCAGUGUAAUUGACCACUCCAGAGGCCACUGAGGGCUGUCAGGAUGAGCUAUCCUUCCACCCCAGGCUGUCACUGCCAGAAAAUUACCUGAAGAGUUCUAACCUGAGGCCUCCUCAUGGAUGGGUCAAACCUGACAUCAUUUGUUGUUGAGGAACCCACGAACAUCUCAACUGGCAGGAACGCCUCAGUCGGGAAUGCACAUCGGCAAAUCCCCAUCGUGCACUGGGUCAUUAUGAGCAUCUCCCCAGUGGGGUUUGUUGAGAAUGGGAUUCUCCUCUGGUUCCUGUGCUUCCGGAUGAGAAGAAAUCCCUUCACUGUCUAUAUCACCCACCUGUCUAUCGCGGAUAUCUCACUGCUCUUCUGUAUUUUCAUCUUGUCUAUCGACUAUGCUUUAGAUUAUGAGCUUUCUUCCGGCCAUUACUACACAAUUGUGACAUUAUCAGUGACUUUUCUGUUUGGCUACAACACGGGCCUCUAUCUGCUGACGGCCAUUAGUGUGGAGAGGUGCCUGUCAGUCCUUUACCCCAUCUGGUACCGAUGCCAUCGCCCCAAGUACCAGUCAGCAUUGGUCUGUGCCCUUCUGUGGGCUCUUUCUUGCUUGGUGACCACCAUGGAGUAUGUCAUGUGCAUCGACAGAGAAGAAGAGAGUCACUCUCGGAGUGACUGCCGGGCAGUCAUCAUCUUUAUAGCCAUCCUGAGCUUCCUGGUCUUCACGCCCCUCAUGCUGGUGUCCAGCACCAUCUUGGUCGUGAAGAUCCGGAAGAACACGUGGGCUUCCCAUUCCUCCAAGCUUUACAUAGUCAUCAUGGUCACCAUCCUUAUAUUCCUCAUCUUCGCUAUGCCCAUGAGACUCCUUUACCUGCUGUACUAUGAGUAUUGGUCGACCUUUGGGAACCUACACCACAUUUCCCUGCUCUUCUCCACAAUCAACAGUAGCGCCAACCCUUUCAUUUACUUCUUUGUGGGAAGCAGUAAGAAGAAGAGAUUCAAGGAGUCCUUAAAAGUUGUUCUGACCAGGGCUUUCAAAGAUGAAAUGCAACCUCGGCGCCAGGAAGACAAUUGUAAUACGGUCACAGUUGAGACUGUUGUCUAAGAACUGUGAGGGAAGUUGUGGAUAAAAAUGGUGGAACACAGGUCAUUUUUAGUUUGUGCUUGGAAUAUGACUUAAGUAUCUCCUAAAUGUGAUACAGAAGGACAUCUCAUCCCAUAUGCAUGAGAUACUAAUUAAUGAUGAAAUUGAACUCUUGUACUGUAUCUUCUGGAAAUGACCUGUCAUUUCUGUACUUGACAAAGGCUCUAUUUCUUUCAGCUCUUUUGGCAGCAUCUUACCAUGAACCAUAAAAAUGACUUUUGCAGGAAGAUUUACAUAUAUGUACGGGACAAGGUAACAAAACUAUUUGUUGGAACUUGAGGAGGCAGCUUGAUGUAGCAGGAAGAACAAGGGUCGCUUCCUGUGUGACCUCAGGCAAGUUGUUAAACCUCUCAGAGCCUCAUUUUCUCACUCAUAAAAUGGUCGCGGCAAUAGUCUAGACCUCCUUGGUCUGCUGUGAGGAUGAAAUGAGAAGAUGAGGCUUGUAAAGCACCUGGCACAUUGUGGAUGUUCAACAAAUAUCAGUCUGUCCUCACUCCCUUCAAUGGUAGACAAGAUAUAAAUUUUUGUUUUGUAAAGCACACACACACACACAUACACACAGCUCUAUCAUGUACAGAAGUUAUUAUGUGUUUUUACACGUUGAAUGUAAAUUUACGAAGGUCUUCUUUUUGCUUGCAGCAUGAAAGCAUUUCAUGGCAUUACACCUCUAUUGAAAAACAUCGCUGAUGUUAUGAUCUAACAAGCCGUGUGCUAGUGCAUCAUUUCAGGUUGUGAAGAAAUACAUUUGGCCACCAGUAGAGGAGUUUCUCAUGGCUCCCCUUCCCUCUGUGGGAAUACUAGAUGAAAUGAAAGUCUGUGUUUUGAAAUCCUUUGAUUGCAUAAACAUUUUUAUGAAUGGAGUUGAAUUUGUGACUUCCUGGGGGGUGACUGGGACCUUCCUCCCCCAUGAAGAGGUGGGUUAUUUGUAGCCAGAGUUCUCACCUGCAGCCAAGUGCGGGUCUCUGCACCUGUCUGCCUCCUCUCCUCCUGAGGCUUUUUUUUUUUUUUCAUCACACCUGGAAGGAGGCUCAGUGGCAAGGGCUAAUGAAAAUGUGGUCACAUCCUGGAGGACUCUGAUAUUUUUGCUCAUGACAGAUCCUUGCAUGACUUCCUCAGAAUCUUUACUCAGCACUCCAGGGUGGGCUCUGCCUCUUGCCUGCCAUGAGUUGCCCUCCAGACACUGCACGUCCUGGGUUUUAGCUGUGAAGCCCGUCGCAUAGCUAUGUUUAUUUCCUUCUGUCCCUUCUAGGAGUUCCACAAAAGGUCAAUAUGUCACUUGAUUCUACAGGUUGUAAAAUGUUCAAGUCCAUAGAAAUGAGCCCGAUAGUAUUUAUUUUAACCAUUUGCUCUUUAAAAGGUCAGAGAGGCAGUGAUGUGAUGGUUCUCUGUUGCUGCUUGUCCUUCCCCAUCCUCUUCCUUUCUCAAAAGAAAUGAUGUGGGGCAGCUUCGCUGGGGGAGAGGAGUCUGUCCCCUCGAGCAAGGACCCCACUGCCAGCCAAGCUUGGAUGCAGGAGGCUUUUCAGUGGGUGACAACAUCUGAUUCAGAAACAAGGCAGCUUUGCUUUCAGGAGCCCAGAUGGGGUGUGGAGCAAUGACAUUUAGAAUGAUCUUGUUUUUGGUUGAAAACAGAGCAUUUUCCCUGGGAAAGAACAGAAUAUGGAGAUCAGAGCAACUCCCUUCUGUUUCCUGUCCUCUCCUGUGUGUGCUGUGUGCUGGCCUCUGGGGUAGGGAAAGGGGGCCAACCUCGUCUCAUCUCUAAGGGGAUCUUAGUCUCAAAGAGGACCCUAAAGACUAUCAGAUACAAGGAAUUUCUACCUAAGGAAAAUAUGGUGAACUAAUAGGAAGCCCCUAUUUAUUGUUUUUCUGCAGAUAAAGUGGGGAAAUCGAAUGUGAUAAUGAAUAUAAAAUUAUUCUAACCUUUUAAAAUGAUGCCUUACCAAGAGGUAGGAGGUAGGAUUCAGAGUUUGGCAGGGUUAUAAAGACUAAUUUCUUUCUCUCUUCCCCCAAACCCAUUCCCAAAGUGAACUGUAAGGUUAAAACUAUAACAAGAAGAUUUAAGUAAAUUUGCAAAUAUGUAGAGAAUACUAAAUCAUUUGUAUCCUUUAGGCAUUCAGACAAUUUGCCUAAGUCAUUGUAGGUUACUAGGUGCCACUUCCGAGAAUUCCCUGGGGAUGGGGAGGAGAUUGUUUGGAUAAUGCCUGUCCUAACUGAACGGGAAGGGUUUGUAGCAUUCCUACUACAAAGAUUCAUGCACAGUCUUCUCUGCAGAACACCAUGAUGUGGACAAGGCAAAGACGGGGAAGCGGAAGCCGCUGUCUAUGUCAUAGGAGAGAGAGACACCGCAUAACUACAACACCAGGCUGCACACAAGUUUGUUUGACAAGUGUUAGGAACAAAAUUGUGUGGCAGAGGUCACCGCAGCAGGGGCUCUUCCUGCCACCCCCAUACUGCAUGCAGCCUCUUCUGUUCCCUCCCCUGCCCACUGGGGUUUCUCCUCAGCACUCAUCAUGCCAUAUAUCGAUUUGCUUAUUUGCUCGUUCUCUGUCUCUUCACGCUAGACUAUAAGCUCCUUGAGGGCAGGGACGUAGCUUUGCUCACUGCUGUAGCCCCAGCUUAUUUGCUGUGGUGAUCGAAUCCACUGCACCCCUCUCUGGGCUGUUUCCUUUGUACAUAUAAAUAGACUCAAAUUGCUUCCACCUAACCAGAAGCCGUUCCUCGCCCCACAGUCCUUUCCAGUUUCUAUCUCCCCUCCCUCCCUUCCUUCCAAACCACCUUCUGGAAAGGCUCUUCCACACUCACUGUCCUGACUCUUGCCACAAUUCACCCCUCAACAUCCUGCCAUUUGUCUUGCAGCCUGACCAUCAUAGAGAGAUUGGUCCAGAUAGGAAGGUGAGUAACUUCCACAGUGUCAAAUCUGAUGGGCUGUUUUCUACCUAUGCCUUUUGUGGCAUUUAAUACCCACAGUCUUCCUGAAAUUAUCUCUUUUCUUGGAUUCUAGUUUGCUACAUUUUUCUCCAGCUCUCUUUUUGAGUCCUAUCUUCCUGAUUGGAAUCUUCUCACUUCUUUCCUCCCUCUUCUACUGCUCCUCCCUUAAAUGGACACAUUUUCCAUAAUUCAGUGGCUGGGCGUCCGCUCUCCUCUUUCUGAGAACUCUCCCUGGAUCCUGAUCCAUAAUCACCUGCUUAUUAAUGAACCUCAAAUAGACAUUUGCUGACCAGAACCCUUUGCUGGGCUCCAGUCCUGUGUGUCCAAUCAUCUAAUGGACUUUUUGACCCAAUGUCCUGCAGGUGCUUGUAACCCAUUCAUUUCCCCACCAUUUCUUUUUUCUUUUCUUUUCUUUUCCUUUUUUUUUUUUGAGACAGAGUCUUGCUCUGUUGCCCCAGCUGGAGUGCAGUGGCGUGAUCUCAGCUCACUGCAACCUCCACCUCCCAGGUUCAAGCAAUUCUCCUGCCUCAGCCUCCCAAGUAGCUGGGAUUACAGGAGUGAGCCACUGCGCCGGGCCUGCCCCUAUUCUUUUUUCAGUGAAGUACACCGCUGGUCACCCUGUCCCCCUUGCUAUGUUAUUCUCUUUGCACAGAUUGCUCUACCUGUUUUUAAUCUAGCAAACUCCAUUUAUCCAUUUACGUCCAGCUCAAGCAUUAGAGACUCAGGAGAGCCUCUGGAAGCUGAGUUCCUGGAUAACCGUGCCAUACCUUUUCUUUCCCAGACUUUCCACAUCUUUCCCUUCCUCACUCUCAGCAAAUGAUGGCUGGCUCCCCUUUACACAAGGGGAAUAGAAGCAACUGGAAGAACUCUUCCAGACAUCCCCGCCGUCCCCUCUGCUGACCUAGCUACAUCUCCUUCAUAUCCACCUCUCCCCUGUGUGCUCAGGGGGAACUCACUAUGCCCCUCCCUGGCUAAGGUGAUACCCUGGCUAAGAUGCUCCAACCCCUUCCCCUGUUGCCUGCCCGAUGGCAUUUCGCCAGCAAUUCUCCCUCUCUGUCCUGCACCAUCAAUUUCAGUCCAGGAUAAUGGAGGACAGAAUUUUCAGGAAUCAGGAUGGAGGAGGGUUGGUGAACAGCACCACUGGCCUUGACUAGCCUGCUCCCUGCCACACAUACUGGUUGUUUCUCUGGAGACAGCAUUGUAUGCACUGAGAUGAGCAACUGGAGAGCCACCAGCAGCCAUCCCCUCUCUUUGUGCCUCACAGCUCCAGUGACUGAUGGACAUGGAUAUGGGAUCGUUGGCUGCCUUCAUGGAGUUGUUUAAGGAGCACUUAGAAGAUGCUUUAUGGGCGUCCCUACAAUUUCACCAUUAGAAGAGUAGUUCUGUUAGGUUGAAAUUUGUCUUUUUACUCAACCUCUUCUUAAAUUAGAAAUCACUUCUGGAAAGGAAAACACAUCAAGUCAUACAUACUUUUUCCUAUGCUUUUUCUCAUGGAGAGGAGCAGCACAAGACAAGACAAGACACCCAGCUGUUCAGGCUGCUGAAUGAGAUGGUGAGGAGUGGGUGGUAGAAGCGAAGAAAGGAGGAGGUGGGAGCAAUCAAGUAUUUGCUUGCUUGAUUCCACAAACAAGAAGCUUCUUUUCUCUUUAACCUAACAUUUGACUGUUUAACUUUGCAAGGUUAUAUGGGAAACAAAAAUCCUUGAUAUGAAAACAUUAGCAAAUGUAUCACUUAUAAAAUGGGUACCAUCAGGCCUCCCCCUGCUUAGCACCAGAGUCUCUCUCGCUGCCUCAUCUACAGUUUUGUGGAUCAGUCUUGUGAUGCCUGAGAGUCAAUGUGCAAACUGUCCUUGAACUUUAAUUGAUGAUCUUGACAAACAUUCAGGAUUCUGUGAAGGUGGUAAGAGAGGUGUCACAGAACUGCUAAAAUACACUUCAACUAUUGAUAAAAGAGCAUGGAGCAGAGUUAGACCGGUUAGCAGCUGAAUCAGAGGUAAAUAAACAAGGAUGAUGAUGAGAUGGGAGCUUCCAAAAAGAAGCGUUUUAAUAUCAAAUAUUGAAGAGAGGCUCUUGGGAAAACUGCUGAAGUCUUUAGAUGUUUUUGCAAAAAUUACCCACUUUUUGAUGUUCAGCAAAAGUAACCAUUAAGUAAAGACAGAAAAAUUGGCUGGGUACAGUGGCUCAUGCCUGUAAUCCCAGCACUUUGGGAGGCUGAGAUGAGCAGAUCACCUGAGGUCAGGAGUUUGAGACCAGCCUGGCCAACAUGGUGAAACCCCAUCUCUACUGAAAAUACAAAAAUUAGCUGGGUGUGGUGGUGGGCACCUGUAAUCCCAGCUACCUGGGAGGCUGAGGCAGGAGAAUUGCUUGAACCUGGGAGGCAGAGGUUGCAGUAAGCUGAGAUCGCACCACUGCUCUCCAGCCUGGGUGAUAGAGUGAGACUCCGUCUCAAAAAAAAGAAAAAUUAUGCCAAAAAAUUAAGUACUUUUGUGGCUUAAAACAACAAUGUAUUGUCAUUUCUCAAGGCUCCAUGGGUUGAUUGAGUUCAGUUUCUCAUUUGGCGUCUCUUGUAGUUGUAGUGAGUUGUUGGCUGAGGCAGAAGCCACCUGAAGGCUUGACUAGGCAGGGCAAUCGAGAUGGUACACUCACAAGGCUGGUCAUUGCCUGGGGCUCAGCUGGAAAGGUGGACCAGAAUUCCUACACAAGGCCCUUUGAUGUGGUUUGGGUUUCUUACAACAUGGUGAUUGUGUUCUGGAAGGAAGUCUCCUGAGACUUAGCUUUUCUUAAAGGCCAAAAAUCAGCUAUUGGGGUCUCAUUUGCUUAAAAUUAUUGGCAUGUUGUUGAAAUUAUAAUGAGUUUUAGUAAAGCAAAAUUAAAACAAUUUUCAUGAUUUUAAUUUCACUUUUUUCAUGAUUUUCUAUGAAAUUUUGGUCCUCAUUUUAACAAGAUUCCUUUUUAACAAUCUUUUACUAAAACCAGUCAUUCAUGGAUAAGGAGAUCCUCUUACACUAAUUAUUUAAAUGUGUACAUAUACAUGUUAAUACAAAGGGUUGAAUUGUUAAAGCAAAUUCAGAGUCACUUACAGAUCUUACCCAACAUGAAACUAAUGAUUCAAAUGAUAAGAGGCAAGUGCCAGGCACAAAUGAAACACUCUUUUCUGGAGGAGACCAACAGUUUUAAUUAUUUCUGGGGUUUUUUUGGUCAAAUUUCUCAUUUUGUUUCUAGAUUGUUUUCCAAAUGUCAUUUAGUUUUCUAUCUGUACUUUUUGUGAUUCUCUGAAUUCUCUGUCAGACAUUUCAGAGAUCUUCAAUUCUUCUGGGUCCAUUGCUACAGCUUUGUUAUCUCUUUUGAUGGUGUCGUUUUCCCCUGAGUUUUCACAGUCCUUGCACUUCACGUCGAUCCCCGUGCAAUUGAGAAGAUAGUCACCUCUGACAGUUUUUUAAGUGUUCUUGGUGGUGUCAGAGCUUUGCUACUUAGUAUUGGAACUUAAACUCUGGUCUGUUGUUUCUUCCUGUUCUGAGUGAGACUUGCGGUGAGCACUGGAACUUAAACAUUGCCCUGGAACUAUAUUGCUGCUCUGUCAACAUUUCCCAGUUCAGGGAAGAUGUAAGUGGGUAUCAGAACUUAAUCUUGAGCUUUUCGUUGUUUCCAGGCCAGGGGAGGGCUCUCGAGUAUACCUAGGCUCGUGGAAAAUGCAGCCAGGGAUUUGGACCUCCCUGUGGAUUGUGCCAGCCAGUCCCUUCACCAGGGUGUCCCCACUGAUCAGAGCUCAGAGUGCACCAGUACACCAGUUGCUGCAAUCAGUGCUUGGCUUUUUGUCCCCAGUUCACCCCAGGUCAAUUCAGCUAUCCUGGCAUUCCCAGUGGUUCCUGUGGGACAGGGCCAGAGUGGGUGUCCCAUGAAGAUGACCAGAUCAGUGGGGAGAUAAAAUGCUCACCUGUAAUUCUCUCCUGUUACUUUGGAAACCAUGGAUCUAGAGACAUUCUCUGAGUGACAUUAUGCCAGCUGGGAGUGGUGGCACAGUCCGAAUUGAUUGUUUCUCUUACCAGUUCUGGCUUCUUUCAAUUCUGUGGACCCAGGGGGUUUCUCAGCUUCUCCCCAAAGUUCUGGUGAAUUCAGGGUGGUGUUCUUGUCUUUGAAUAGUUGGAAUAUAUUUCUGUGGGGGGAAUGGUUCCAGAGAAUCUACUAUUCUGCCAUCUUGUUGAGCUUUCCCAAAAUGUCCCCUUCUCCUACAUUGGCACACGCUUUAGUUUCACAUUGACUGAUGAGUUUUGAGCAACAUAUACAAAGAAACAUUGUUCUCAAAGGAAACUGGUGAAGUUUGGGGGUGCCUCCAUUUUGCACGUUGUUCAUUACACAGGUAGAAUAUACUUAUGUGACUACCCGUACCCUUUCUCCAGCCUCCCUGCCCCAUAAAUCUAUAAAUCCCAAAUUUAUUUAUAAUAAACAAUCUUGACAGAUUAGGUAUAUCCUGCUGGAAAUAGGAAUAGUUCACUGAGUAUAACGUUUCUACAGAGCAGUCUGAUUGAGGUCUUCAGCAUCUUUGCAAGGUGCCCUGGUUGAGGUUAUUGUUCCUGCAGGCAUUCCUGUGGGGAAGGAGUGAUUUGCAGGCUUGAUGCUAACAUUACCUGUAUGGUACGUUUUGGCCAACACCAGCCUGUCAAUGCUUGAGGCAGAGGCCUCUGGAAUGAGAAAACAGGACUAGAAGCCUGCCUACUUAGUAGCUUGGCAAGUGUCAACAAGUUAAUCUCUGUGACUGGUGACUUAGUUGGAGUUCCACCCAAAGCAAAUCCUGAGACAAGGAUUUAGUGCAAGUAAUUCAUGUGGCCAUCAUCCAGAGGAGCAUGGGAGAGAGUGGGGAAUUUAGACAGGGAAAGGAGGAAGUUAGCAAAGGGUGAGUGAAGGAGAACAAGGGCCCAGGACAGUGAGGCCCCACCUCAGAACUGCCCUCCUGGAAGGGCGAAGGAGCCGUGGCGCUGACCCCCACCUCCUGCCCCUCAAUAGGGAGCAUCACUCCCCGACGUCAACUCCCAGCUCUUCCUGGCCUGCCCUGUGCUCAGGCCGAGCAUGGCCUAAAGCAGGGAAUAUGUCUAGGCAGAGUGACACACGGAGCCGUGGGCAGGUACAGGAUCUACCUGCAAGUGACUACAGGGGUGGCUUCAGGGCUGACCAAUGGCAUCUGCUAUCAUGGAAUUAAAGUAACCUACCCCACAAAGUAGCUGUGCCAAGUAAGUGAAAUAAUGCACAAGGAAGUUCUGUGUAAACUUUCAAGCAUCAAGCAAAUGUUAGUUAUUUCUUGAGGACAUUAUGUAAAGUGAAAUAAGCCAGGCCCGGAAGGACAAAGACUGUAUGAUUCCACUCAUAUGAGGGGCUUAGAGUUGUCAGAUUCAUAGAGACAGAAGGUAGAAUGGUGGUGGCCGGGGGCUGGAGGGAGGAGGGAGUGGGGAGUUAGUGUUUAGUAGGAACUGAAUUUCAGUUUGAGAAGAUGAAAAUGUUCUGGAGAUCUAUUGCACAACAAUGGGCAUGUAGCUAACCCCACUGUACUGUAUUCUUAAAAAUGUUUCAGAUGGUAAAUUUUAUGUUAUGUAUAUUUUACCACAAUAAAAAAGUGAGUUAUUGUACUUUCAA